AUGUCUUCAGCUGCAGAACAAAUUAAAUCAUAUCCCUUUGUAGGGAUAUUAAAGGCAGGAGAAAGUAAAACAAACAAAUUGAUUGCUAAAUAGCCUAUUUUCGAUAGUAUUUACUAUUUAAUAUUUUAGAGACUGUUAAAGUCAAGAUAAUCUCAAUGAAUAUUGAUAAACCAUAAGAAAUUAAUGACUAAUAUGAAAUAUUGGAUUAAUUUAAAAUGCUCAAAGAUUAGAUUAAAGAUCUUCCUUCUAUCAUACUCUAAGUAUCAAAUAUUAUUUAAUCUAAUACAGUCUCUUUAGUAUUACCUUAAAAGUACUAAUAGUGAAUAAAGAUUACUUUACCAAGUGAUAGAAGAAUCCUUAUGUUUACAUCCCAUAACUCAUAAAUCUAAAAUGGAGAUAGUACUCUUGUUUCUACUUUUAUGAAAUCAAUGAUAAGUUAAAGAAAAUAUAAAGAUUCUUUGCAGAUGUCUCAAAACUUUUAAAUGGAAUAAAAUAUUUGCACUCUUUAAGAUCUAUAAUAAGUUAUAAUAAAUGAAACUAGAGAAUUGAACAAAUAAAUAGUUCUUUUAGGAGCCAAAUAAAAUAUACCAUUUGAAGAGGAGAAGGAUGACUAAAUUAAAUUUACUAUAUUUUAAUUAUUUGUAAUAGCCUUAAUUAGUUUAUUGAUAAGGUUUUAUAUGCUUGAAUUUUGA